CUGGAGUGACGUCACGGGCGCCCGAAGAUGACGCAGAGGUCCGUUUUACGGCUGCUGAGCGUCUGCGGCUGGGCUAGGAAGUGCACGCCACGCGCUGUCGUGAGAAGGUAUAGCAGUGUUUUACCUGCAUGUAUGUAAGUGCACCAUGUUCGUGCCUGGUGUCUUCAAAGGCUGUGGGAUCAGCCAGAACUGGAACUAUGGACUGUAUUGAGCUCCCCAGUUGGGUGCUGGUAUGGAAUCUGUGUCUUCUGAAAGAACAAGGACGGUUUAACUCCUGAGAUUUCUCAGCCACCAAUGUUUAGACAAACCUCAAUAAAAUGACUCUUCAGGAGUUGGUGCUUCGGACUGCCUCUGUCUAUAUGGAUAGAACAGCUGUAUGUUUUGACGAAGGCAAUAACCAGCCUCCAGUGUGCUAUUCCUACAAGGCUCUGUUGAGCGCGGCUUCAGAAUUAUCCCAUUUUCUGAUAGCACACUGUGACUUUGGAGGAAUUCGGGAAAUUGGUCUCUAUUGUCAACCUGGGAUAAACUUACCCUCCUGGAUUUUAGGGAUUCUUCAGGUCCCCGCAGCGUAUGCGCCCAUUGAUCCAGACUCCCCACCGUCCUUAUCAACUUACUUUAUGAAAAAAUGUGACCUAAAGUAUGUUCUCGUUGAAAAACAGCAGCUUAGUAAAUUCAAAUCUUCACAUGAGACAGUUCUGAACUAUGACACAGUUUCCGUGGAACACAAGGACCUGGCACUCUUCAGACUGCAUUGGGAAGAUGGUCGGGUGAGCACAGUGCUUGGUGACAGAGCAGAUCAGCACAAGGUGACGGAUAGAGAAGACAGAGUGAGUGCUGAGAGCAGGACCCCAGAGAAGGAGCACAUGGACAUGCGGCAUGACGGUUGCUUGGCUUAUGUCCUCCAUACCUCAGGGACCACGGGGACACCGAAGAUUGUCAGAGUGCCCCAUGCAUGCAUACUGCCUAAUAUCCAGCACUUCCGGUCACUUUUUGACAUCACUCAAGAAGACAUUUUGUUUCUGGCUUCUCCUCUGACCUUCGAUCCAUCUGUUGUGGAGAUAUUUGUUUCUCUGUCCAGUGGGGCCUGCCUGCUUAUCGUGCCAACUUCUGUCAAAGUGCUACCAUCAAAAUUAGCUGACAUUCUCUUUUCCCGCCACAGAGUGACUGUUUUACAGGCAACGCCAACAUUGCUGAGAAGAUUUGGAUCUGAGCUCAUCAAGUCCACUGUCCUGUCAGCGCAUACGUCUCUGAGAGUCCUGGCCCUCGGUGGGGAAGCCUUCCCCUCGCUGACCAUCCUCAAAAGCUGGCGAGGCAAAGGCAACAGAACCCAGAUAUUUAACAUCUAUGGUAUCACAGAGGUAUCCAGCUGGGCCACUUUUUACAGGAUCCCAGAGGAGAUUCUUAAUUCUGCCGUGAAACAUGAAUCCCCUGUGCAGCUGGGGUCGCCACUACUUGGAACGGUGAUUGAAGUCAGAGACCAAAAUGGUUCUCCAGUUCUCGAAGGCACUGGCCAAGUAUUUUUAGGUGGGAAGAACAGAGUGUGUUUUCUUGAUGAUGAAAUGACAGUGCCCCUUGGCACCAUGAGAGCCACAGGAGACUUUGUGACUGUGAAAGAUGGAGAGAUAUUUUUCUUGGGAAGAAAGGACAGCCAGAUCAAGCGCCAUGGCAAACGUCUUAACAUUGCACUUGUGCAACAGGUUGCUGAAGAACUUCGCCAGGUGGAGUCCUGCGCGGUCACUUGGUAUAAUCAGGAAAGAUUGAUUCUCUUCAUCGUAUCCAAAGUUGACUUAGUAAAGGACUGCAUCUUUAAAGAAUUGCAGAAACACCUUCCAGCACACGCCCUGCCUGAUGACAUGGUGCUGAUCGAUACCCUGCCAUUUACAUGCCAUGGCAAAGUUGAUGUUUCUGAGUUAAACAAGAUAUAUUUAGACUACAUAAGCUCACAGCCUAGGAAUGAACUCCAUGGAAAAGAGGAACUUUGGGGAAAAUUACAGUAUUUAUGGAAGUCUAUUCUGUGUCUCCCUGAGGAUCCAGAGGAUACUCUGAAGGUUCCCGCCAACUCCGUCUUUUUAGAUAGUGGUGGGGAUUCCCUCAAGUCCAUGCGGCUCCUCAGUGAGAUUGAGAGGCUCACCGGGACAGCCAUCCCUGGCCUUCUGGAAGUUAUCCUCAGCAGUUCCCUCUUAGACGUUUACAACCACAUCGUUCAAGCCGUGUUCACACCGGAGGACAGGAAAGCCAACAGGAGUUACACCACAAAAAGGAAAUUCAGUGAUGCUGAUCCAGAGGAAGCCAGCGGGAAGCCUGCACGUCUGGAGUCUGCCUGGCCUUCGAACCAUGCCGGCGAGACCAACUCCGUGAUCGCUCUGAGCAGAGGGAGUCAGGUUUUGUCUCUUGGCGCUGGGAGGCUUUUAACUCAGUUAGGACUCUGCCUGCCAGUCUGUUCUCUGGAUUUAAUCCCACAGACUAACACUCAGAUAUUAAAAAGCCUAAGUCCUCCAGCUCCUGAUGAAAACUUGGAAAAGCCCCCACUUUUUCAGCAGGGGAGCCCCGUGGUUGGGGCUAUGGCGAUGGCAUUGCGGGAGAGGUGGCGGUCAGACACAGGCAAAUGCGUUGAUGCCUCCCCUCUGCUGGUGAGAGCGGCUGUACAGGAUAAGCCCUCCACAACCGUGUAUAUUGGCUCGCACUCGCACACAGUGAAGGCUGUCGACCUGUCCUCUGGGGAGACGAGGUGGGAACAGCUUCUGGGAGAUCGAAUUGAAUCCUCAGCGUGUGUGUCUAAAUGUGGAAACUUUAUUGUAGUGGGCUGUUAUAAUGGAUUAGUCUAUGUCCUAAAAAGUAAUAGUGGAGAAAAAUAUUGGACAUUUACUACUGAAGAUGCUGUCAAAAGCUCACCAGCCGUGGAUCCAACCACAGGACUCAUUUAUGUCGGAUCUCAUGACCAGCACGCAUAUGCUUUAGACAUUUAUGAAAAGAAAUGUGUCUGGAAGCUAAACUGUGAAGGCGCUCUCUUUUCCUCUCCGUGUGUGAGCCUGAGUCCACACCAUCUGUACUGUGCUACGCUAGGGGGACUCUUACUGGCCCUAAAUCCUCUAGUUUUAACUGUUAAAAGAUUGAGUUUUACAUUUGUAAGUAGUGAGUGUGUGUGUGUGUGUCACGGGUCUGGUACCUGACGAGGUCAGAAGAGGCAUGGGCUCCCCUGGAACUGGAGUUACACUGAUGUUCUAGGUCUAUGUGUAGCUCUGCUUUGCACUGUGCUCUGGGCUGAUGUUCUCUGCGUCCGAGUUCUGCUCAGUAAGCACUGAUUUUCUGACAGUGUGUGGAUGCCAGAUUCAUCAAAGCACCAGUGGGUCACUGUCACUGUCACUGUCACUCUGGCUUUGAAGAGUUUUCGUUUGUUGUAAAAUGGCUGUGCAUGUAAAGGCACUUGCUGCUAAGCCUGACAACUUGAGUUCAGCUCCUUCCCGUGUGAUGGAAGGUGAGAAUCAGUUCACCUACGUUGUCCUCCAGCCUCCACGUGUGCCUCGUGGCACGUACUUACACACGUGCAUGUGCACACACACAGUAAGUAAGUGAAUGUAACUUUAAAUGGCAAAGGUCCGAGGUUAGUAAUUUCCAGUGCUAUCGACUGCUUUGGCCACGACAGGCUUCUGGGAGCACGGUGUGGAAGCGCUCCUGUGGAAAGCCACUCUUCUCUUCCCCACGGUGCUACCAGCAAUACAUCUGCAUCGGCUGCGUGGACGGCAGUUUGCUCUGUUUCACACACUCAGGGGAGCAGGUAGGAAGAUCAGGGGAGCAGGUAGGAAGAUCAAGUUCUGUUCUGUGUAACCCUUCCUAACCCCCAGCCAUGGAGACUGAACCCAGGGACUUGACCAGUGACUGUUCUGUUAUUGAGCUGUAUUCUCAGCCCUUGGCGGACUAGUCUCUCUCUCUCUCUCUCUCUCUCUCUCUCUCUCUCUCUCUCUCUCUCUGUGGAUCUGAGUAUGUAUGUGUGUGUGCGUGUGUGUGUGUGUGUGUGUGUGUGUGUAUAUAUAUAUAUAUAUAUAUAUAUAUAUAAUUUUUAUUUCUUUUGAUUCAGGGUCUUACUAGCUAUCCUGGAACUCACUGUGUAGACCAGGCUAGCCUAGAACUGAAAUCUGCCUGCCUUUGCCUCUUGAGUGUUUGUAUUAAAGGUGUGCACCAUUUGACGAUGUAUAGAUUUUUUUUUAAAUUUUUUAUUAAGAUUGUAUGUAUGUAUGUAUGUAUGUAUGUAUGUAUGUAUGUAUGUAUGUAUGUGAGUGCACUGUCGUUGUCUUCAGACACACCAGAAGAGGGCAUCAGAUCACGUUACUGAUGGUUGUGAGUCACUGUGUGGUUGCUGGGAAUUGAACUCAGGACUUCUGGAAGAGCAAUCAGUGCCCUUAACCUCCAGCCCCCAGACUGUUGUUUAAAGCUUUAAAAUUUGAGUAAAACAUAGUUUUUUUUAGGGGUUUUUGUGUGUGUGUUUGUUCUUCCUGUUUUUUGUUUUGUUUUGUUUUUGUUGGUUUUUUUCCUAGAGCUGGAGUUGGAACCAAGUUCCACCCCCUGUCCGAGACUGUUUUUGAUAACAUAUAUUGAAGACCUGCUGCGGUUUUUUCCGUUAAACAGUGUCUCUGAACAUACCAGGAUGAACCAAGUAUGCUCAAGGUUCAUUGUAGUCAUGCUCUGCUGUGCCUGAUCCUGGCUUUUACCACUGGAGCAGUUCCGUGUGAGAGCGCUACUUCCCAGAGAGGGCGCCAUUUCUGGUGUGUGAGUUACCGAGCGCUCUCCAUCUCACCUCUGCCAUCUGGAUGAAGAGACCCCGUUGGACUCAAGAGUUGCGGUCAGGUGAGUGGGUGACCCUUAUUCCUGUUCUCCUUUACAGGUCUGGCGCUUUGCUGCUGGAGGGCCAAUCUUCUCAUCCCCAUGCGUCUCGGCAGCAGAACAAGAAAUAUUUUUUGGUUCCCAUGACUGCUUUAUCUACUGCUGUAGCAAGGAAGGUCACCUCCGGUGGAAAUUUGAGACGACAGCCAGGGUGUAUGCAACGCCCUUUGCUUUCAGUAACCACCCCCGUAGCGAUGAUGCACUGCUGGCAGCGGCAUCCACUGACGGGAAACUGUGGGUCCUCGAGUCUCGGAGCGGAGAGCUGCGAAGUGUGUAUGAACUCCCCGGAGAAGUCUUCUCCUCUCCUGUGGUCUGGGAAUCAAUGCUUGUUAUUGGGUGCAGAAACAAUUAUAUUUACUGUCUGGAUUUAUUGUGUGGUGAUAAAAAUAACCAGGUGUAGUCCUUGUAAGUAUGUCAGUGAGAGGGUUGGAAAUGUCAUUGUAAAGCCUAUGGAUGGGUUUAUAUUAAAGAUUCUAUUUUGGUUAGGAAUUUGUCUGUGGUCCUUUCCAUAGAGAGCAGCCAUGUUUCUUUCCUUUGGAAGCAGCAGAAGCGUCUAAGAUAAAGAUAAAGCACCCGAUUGAUGCAUUUGUAGCACUUUUAAUUCUGUGGGAUGGUGUGCUGGCUUGUUUUCUGUCAACUUGACAUACGCUAGAGUUACCUGAAAGGAAGGAGUCUCACCUGAGAAAAUUCCUCCGUAAGACUGGGCUGUAGGCAGGCCUGCCUGGAGAGCAUUUUCUUAACCAGUGGUUGAUGGGGGAGGGCCCAGCCCAUUGUGAGUAGAGCCAUCCUUAAGCUGGUGUUUCUGACUUCUAUAAGAUGAAGCCAUGAAGAGCAAGCCAGUAAGUAGCAUUUCUCCAUGGCCUCUGCAUCAGCUCCUGCCUCCAAGUCCCUGCCCUGCUUGAGUUACUGUCCUGACUUCCCUCAGUGAUGAACUAUGCUGCUGAAGUGUAAGCUGAAUAAAUUACUCUUUCCCCAUCUUGCUUUUGGUUGUGGUGUUUCAUCACAGCAAUGGUAACCCUAAUUAGGACAGGUGGGUAAUUGUAUGUAGUAGAUUUACAUUUGCUCUACUUUGUCAAAAGAACACUGCUCUGUCUCCCAUCAAGUCACCCCCACUGUGUGUAUUAAGAAAGUGGGAGCAUAACACCUCUGUGGUCCUUGGGGUGGUACCUUUGAGAGAGGAUUAAGGUUAUUUGAGGCCAUGCAUGUGGGGGUUGCUGCUGAGGGACUGGAGGUGUGUUUGUAAGAUAGACCAGGGUGGUCUGCACUGCUGUGUGACGCUAGCAUCACCAUCACUGGGACUCUGCAGGUCUCUGCAGAUGUGGUCAAUGGAUCUCGAACUCCUAGGAUUUCAGAACUGAGAGCUGAAUAAACCUUUAUUUAUAGACAGUCUGUGAUGUUCAGUCAUAGGCAAGUGCACAAAGACAGGUAGUGAUCACCAUUCCUUGGUGAGGAUGUGAGGUUGUUUAUAAACUGGUUAGCAUCUGAAGUUGAGCCACUGACCGAGAUCCGUCUGUCUUCUCUGGUGUGCCAUUACAGGUGGGCAUUACUGGUGGGUGCCUGAAUAGAAGGCAGGGGAAGGAAAACUGUCUUUUUCAGCUGGGCUCCCAUAUUUUCGUGCCCUUGGAUACCAGAAUUCCUAGACUGAGACGUAGCACCACCUACCGUAUCUCUCUGCCCCUCUGCAGGUGACACCAUUGGUUCCCUGGUCUUGAGAAUUUGGCCUUUAUCUGAAUUGCACUAUACCAUAGGUUCUUUGGGUCUCUAGUGUGCAAACAGCACAUGGCACUUCCAGUCUCCACACCCUCACCAAUCGAUGCCUAGGUCUCUUCUUUUGUAGUGGUUUCUCCAGAGAAAUCAUAUUAGAGUCUACAUUUUGCAGUAAAUAAAUAACCUUUCAUUUCUCUCUCCACCUAGGUAAAUCUAUCUUGUCAGUUAUGUUUCUGUAGAGAACCCUGCUUCAUUAAGGUAGUUUAGUAGGUUUCAGGGGUUUGAAGAUCUCCUUGAAAAAGAAAGGAUCAGAAUGUAUAUUGUGAGUCAUAAACAGAAUACUCCACUUACUAUGUAUUCUGAAAUCUGUUUAUCUUUUGUGUUUUGCCUGCAUGUGUGUAAGAAGUGCACCACACGUGCCUUCCCUCCAGAGACCAGAGGAGCACGUGGGGUCCUCUGGGGCUGGAGUGAGCACCAUGGAGAUGCCACCAGCUGAGCCUGUGUCCUCUGAAGGAAGCAAGAGCUCUCAAUAAACCAUCCCUCUAGACUGAGGUAAAGGUUUUUAAAGGUAGGAUCUGUUUAUCAACUUAGGUUCCUUCUUCUGGUGGGGAGAAGGGGGGUAGAAAACCAGUACAUGCAUUGCUGGGACUUGAACCCAGGGCUUUGUUCAUGCUAGGCAAACACUCCACUACUGGACUAGGUUCAUGCCAUUUCUAAGCAAUGCCUAUGUUAAUGCCUAUGUUCGUGCCUAUGUUAAUCACACACUCAGGUCAUCAUUCCUUCUAUGCAGCCCACACUGACUUUGAGUUUUUCACCAAGUUAUUCUUGAAGGUCACAUGCUCAGAUGGGCCAAGGUGUAGCCUGGUGGUAGCCGGUCCUCAGCUGCACUGCUCACAAGUCCCCGGCUGAGACUACAGUAAGGAGACUGCAAGAUCAUUUUAACCAAGACUCAGAUCUCUAUCUUCCAGUUUGGAAUUGAUAUAAAUAUUUGCCAUCCUUAUCAUAUAUUCUUCCACUGGGAUUUUUGGGUGAAAAAAAUAAAGUAGCGUUAAAAACAA